GCCAAAAAAAAAAUCCAAAGGUUAUGCGCAUGACAAGCCCCUUGAAACACCAACGCGUUCGGAAGCAGCAACCCCAAUGGAUUACUUCCUUGGAAUGCACCCAGUUGCUGUCGCAAGGAAUUUUAGCUGAAUCACAUCGCCAGCAGAGGCCAGUAAGUCAAACUAUGAAACUGUUCUGUGUCACAAAUUAAAGAGCUAAAACAGAACAAUUAGUAUGUCAAUAUGUCGAUAUCGUCUUCACACCCGGGUGGGUUAAAAGCUGACGGCACAGCCACCCAGUAUAAAGAAACGACGGCCACCAUACAAACCUCUGGGCUUCAGUUAUCACCUAGGUCCUUCCUACCAGAGCGAGAGGAUACGUUAGAGUACUUCAUUAAGUUUCCGAAGACUUCAUCUAAAAAUGAGUUUGUACUAGCAAAGGACCACGACAGCGAGGACAGCCACGUGCCCAUUGUCAUGCUGUUGGGAUGGGCGGGCUGCCAGGAUCGAUACCUGAUGAAAUACUCUAAAAUUUACGAGGAACGGGGACUAAUUACUGUGCGAUACACGGCUCCGGUAGACAGCCUAUUCUGGAGGCGAUCUGAAAUGAUUCCUAUCGGCGAGAAAAUACUCAAAUUGAUCCAGGAUAUGAAUUUUGACGCCCAUCCAUUAAUAUUUCACAUAUUUUCUAAUGGCGGGGCCUACCUGUACCAACAUAUUAAUUUAGCUGUGAUCAAGCACAAAUCUCCGUUGCAGGUUCGCGGAGUGAUUUUUGACUCUGCUCCUGGAGAGCGUAGGAUAUUAAGCCUUUAUCGCGCUAUUACAGCCAUCUAUGGCAGGGAAAAACGCUGCAACUGCUUGGCCGCACUGGUUAUAACCAUCACACUUAGUAUCAUGUGGUUUGUGGAGGAAUCAAUUUCUGCCUUAAAAAGCCUGUUUGUGGCGUCAUCGCCAAUACGCCCCAGCCCGUUCUGCGACCUCAAAAACGAAGCCAAUAGAUACCCACAGCUUUUUUUGUAUUCCAAAAAUGACAUUGUUAUUCCUUAUCGAGAUGUGGAAAAAUUUAUUCAACUUAGACGCGAUCAGGGUAUUCAGGUAUCGUCAGUAUGCUUUGAGGAUGCCGAGCACGUUAAGAUAUACACCAAAUAUCCUAAACAGUACGUCCAGUGUGUGUGUAAUUUUAUUAGAAACUGCAUGACUGUUCCUCCCCUUAAGAUGGCUGCUAAUUGUGAGAAAUCCGAAAAUGUGUAUCGGAAUUACCUUAAAUACGAUUAGAUGGCACAACAGAAAGAAAAAAACUAGUUU